UGUUCAAAAGACCAGAUAUUUGGGUUUACGCUCCCACUGUGGACGCUCUCAGUCAAUAUAUCUGUAUCCCGAUUGAAAUUUCAUGGUACUUUCAGAUCCGUAGUAAUUACUAAACUCUUCAUUUUCUUAUUUAGGGUUUUCUAAUUUCCAUUCACCAUAAACCCUGAACGAACUGUUUAGCGUUCAUCUUGGUUUUACCGGAUUUUUAUCAUCUUGAUUGUAUUGGUUGUUAGUGUUUUUGAUUUCCCCCAACAAGACCUGUUGGUUAUGUUUUGAAGACAUUUGAAAGAAUCCGGAGUGUUGUAAAAUGGAUGAUGAUAAUGAUUUAAGUGGUGUUAGUAAUUCGAAGCGUGAAUUGGAUUCCGAUGAUACAGAAUUGGCCGCAAAGAGGUCCAAAAUUAGUGAGUGUUCGGAGAAAGAAGAGGAGAAUCAAAAUGGAGGUGAAGAAGUGAAAACAAGUCAAUCUGUGUUAAUAAAGAAGACCGAUGAUUCCCAGACUGAGCCAGUAAAUGGAGGAAGUUUAGGUGAUAAUCAGUCAGUAAAGGAAAAUGUGUUGUCUGAUCAGAAGAGCUCGAUUCCGGUUACUAAGUUGCCGUGUACUAUAGAAGCAGAUGCAGCAGAAGAUAAGGGUUCUAGGCAUACCAUGGAGGAUGCAUCAGUUGUACUUCUUGAUGCAAGCUUACAAGUUCCUGGGAAAUUGAGAUGUGCUCAUUUUGCCAUAUAUGAUGGGCAUGGAGGUCGAUUGGCUGCUGAAUAUGCUCAAAAGCAUUUACAUGCAAAUGUUCUUUCAGUAGGAUUACCACGUGAGUUGAUGGAUGUAAAAGCUGCAAAAAUGGCCAUCCUUGGCGGUUUCCGGCGGACUGAUGAAUUGCUUCUUCAAGAAAGCACUGCAGGAGGAUGGCAAGAUGGAGCCACGGCUGUCUGCGUCUGGGUUUUAGGGCAAAAAGUUUUUGUUGCCAACAUUGGAGAUGCAAAAGCGGUGGUAGCUCGAUCAUCUUCAGUAAAUGACUCACAGAGUCAUUUGGAUGGAGCAAAUCCGUUGAAGGCUAUUGUUUUGACAAGAGAACACAAAGCUAUCUAUCCCCAAGAACGUACUCGUAUUCUGAAGGCUGGUGGUUCUGUAAGCUCAAAUGGACGGUUGCAGGGGAGCCUUGAGGUUUCCAGGGCCUUUGGUGAUCGCAAUUUCAAGAAGGUCGGUGUGAGUGCAACCCCAGAUGUUCACUCGUUUGAUCUUACAGAAAGAGAUCACUUCAUUAUUCUUGGCUGUGAUGGUUUAUGGGGGGUUUUUGGAGCAAGUGAUGCUGUUGAUUUUGUUCAAAAGCAGUUAAAGGAGGGCUUAUCUGUUACUGCAGUGAGCCGCCGUCUUGUAAGAGAAGCUGUCCGUGAGCGACGCUGCAAGGAUAAUUGCACGGUCAUUGUUAUCGUUUUCAAGCACCACAUGUGAUUGGAAAGUUCAGACUUGUAAUUCUGGCGAAACCGUGUUAUGAAGCAUAUGAAAUGGGUGAAUUUAUGGAGUAAGAUUUGAACUAUUCAUAAUACUGUACUUGACAUAUGCCCAAUAGCUUCCGGCUGAACCACUGGGUCCGAAGUGAUUUCGCCUUCGAAGAAUAAGUAACAUCUGAUUCAGUGGACCUCAAUCAAAUACGAAGAAUAAGUAACAUCUGAUUCAGUGGACCUCAAUCAAAUAAGAAUGCGUUUGAUCGCGCCUCUUAAAACCAGGUGCUGUAUGAUGGGGAGGCUUUUGAGCGUCUUGGAGGCUGUAAGCUGCAAUGAGUUUUGAUUUUCUCCCUCAUGAAUACAGGUGCUCCAUAAAUAAGAGGUUUUUGUUAACUGAACUACUCCCUCGGUUUCUGGAAAAGAGAUAUAUUUUCAGUUUCUGGAAAAGAGAUAUAUUUUCACU